AUGGAUUCCUUCAACAACGUCAAGCAAUGGCUCCAAGAGAUUGACCGCUAUGCGACUGAGGGCGUCAACAAGCUACUAGUAGGAAAUAAGAGCGAUAUGUCAGACAAGAAGGUGGUCGAAUAUACUGUGGCGAAGGAAUUCGCGGAUAGUCUUGGAAUCCCAUUCUUAGAGACUUCGGCCAAGAACGCCUCCAACGUCGAGCAAGCCUUCUUAACAAUGGCCCGUCAAAUCAAGGAGCGCAUGGGAACAACAACCGUCAACAACAAGCCAACAGUUCAGGUCGGUCAAGGACAAGGUGUGCAGAGCGGGUCUGCUGGUGGCUGCUGCUAG